UUUUAUCAAAAACCUUAUCAGAUAGAAAAUGGCAAGCUGAAGAUGUGCCACACAUAUCUCCAAUGAACCACUAACCUUCUGCCUCCUGUCCCACCAGAAAAUUGCUCCUCUUAGAACACAAAACCAAUAAAUCCUUGGCCUCUCUCGUUUCCCUCGCUCUCUCCGUCCCUCCGCUGAAGAAGAAGAGCCCUACUACCGCAAAUUCGUGGAGGUAAGCUCCCAUCUUCUCGGUGGCAAAUCUAUAGAUUUGAACGGAAGUUCAGUCGUCUGUCUUCUCUGCCGCGAAAUUAGGGUUCUUUUCGUACGAAACAAUCGAGAAAUAACAUUUUUGUUUAAAUUUUGAGCCCGGGUUAUAUAGUUUAUUGAAUUUAGAGAUCCAAAAUGGACAAAAAAUGCGAAUUGGUUUCUUCCUCUUAGGUUAGGCUAGAGCUGGUAGUACUUGUGUCUUUAUGUUGGUCUUAGGUUGCCAAUUAGAAGUAAUGGCUUCUCCUGCUUCCCUUGCAACGCUGGGAAGCACGAGGGCUUCGCAUUCUUCUCACCUCGAGGCUGCUCCCCUGGUCUUGGGCAAUAGAAGAAUCCAUGUAAUUUCAAGGCUUAGUUUCAGUAACUCUGGCCGGAGGCAGCAAUGGGUUUUGCAUUCUCGUGGUGGUGUCUGUAAGUGCAUGGUUACCACAAACUUAAUAGAUGAGAAGCGGGUUUCCUCUUCCCUUGAAUCAGUAUAUCAAGCUAGUAGUGCUAGUAAAGAUGAGGAUGCUGAUCUAAUUCUCAAGGCUGCCCCAAAGCCAGUUUUAAAAGGCAGGCCAAAUAGUCCUGCCAAUUUUGCAAGCUCUACUACAUCAUCGAAUGGGAAGAUUCUUACUGGCAAGAGAAUAGAAACUCGGGAUGAAGAUAGAGAGAAGGUGAUAAAGUCAUUGGGGGAGGUUUUGGAGAAGGUGGAGAAGCUGGAGACUGGGAUGGUUGUUAAUACAGUUAAAUUGGUUGGGAGUGAGAUUAGGAGCAAUGCUAAAACAACUGGAAUCCCUAAGCCCAAUAGGUCUGUUAACACUAACAAUGCUACUCAGAAGUCGAAAACAAUGAAGAGUGUGUGGCGGAAGGGAAAUCCAGUGGCAAAUGUACAGAAGAUGGUCAAGGAAGUGCCAAGGAUUGCUAAAGAAAAAGAGGAUGAGGAAAAGGCUUCCCUGGUAUCAGAGACAAUCAAACAAGAAACUACAUCUGUUAAAGCAUUCAGACCUCAGAAAUCUAUGUCAGUGCCUCCCAAACCUGUACCAAAACUGCAAGCAAAGCCUGAUGUUGCUCCUCGGUCUGCAAGUCAAACUAAUGUACAGAAACCACCCGCUGCAAAAGAAAGAAAACCAAUUCUUAUUGACAAGUUUGCAUCUAAGAAACCGGUUGUUGAUCCCAUUGCAGAAGCUGUAUUAGCACCCACAAAGCCUGUAAAGGGGCCUCCUUCAAAGUUCAAGGAGGAGCGCCGUAAGAAAUCUAGUGCUGUUGGGGGUUUGCGUAAAAGAUUGGUAAAAGAAGAUGUUGAUAUAACUGAGGAAGAUGCUUCGGAGCUUGAUGUGCCUAUUCCUGGUGCAAGGAAGGGAAGGAAAUGGACAAAAGCAAGUCGAAAGGCUGCAAGGCUUGAGGCAGCUAAAGCUUCAGCACCUGUUAAAGUAGAGAUUCUUGAGGUUGGGAAUGAGGGAAUGCCGGCUGAGGAGUUGGCUUACAACCUUGCUGUUAGUGAAGUUGAAAUUCUUGGGUAUCUGUAUUCAAAGGGGAUCAAACCUGAUGCAGUGCAAAUCCUGGACAAAGAUAUGGUUAAGAUGAUAUGCAAGGAAUAUGAUGUGGAAGUUAUUGAAGCUUCUGAGGUUACAGUGCAAGAGAUGGCAAAGAAAAAGGAGGUACUUGAUGAAGAGGAUUUGGAAAUGCUGGAAGUAAGGCCUCCGAUUAUUACAAUUUUGGGCCAUGUUGAUCAUGGAAAGACAACUCUUUUGGAUUGUAUUCGCAAGAGCAAGGUUGUGGCAUCUGAAGCAGGUGGAAUCACACAAGGAAUUGGAGCAUAUAAGGUUCAAGUUCCAGUAGAUGGAAAACCCCAGUGUUGUGUUUUUCUUGAUACACCUGGGCAUGAGGCAUUCAGUGCAAUGAGAGCUCGCGGAGCUCGAGUGACGGACAUAACCAUCAUUGUGGUUGCUGCGGAUGAUGGGGUCCGGCCCCAGACGAAUGAAGCAAUAGCUCAUGCAAAAGCAGCUGGGGUGCCUAUCAUAAUAGCAAUAAACAAGAUAGACAAGGAUGGAUCUAAUCCGGAAAGAGUUAUGCAAGAACUUUCACAGGCGGGCCUUAUGCCAGAAGAGUGGGGUGGUGACAUCCCAAUAGUCAAGAUAAGUGCUCUUAACGGUGAGAAUGUAGAUGAACUAUUAGAAACUGUCAUGUUAGUUGCUGAGAUGCAAGAGUUGAAGGCAAAUCCUCAUAGAAAAGCAAAAGGCACUUGCAUAGAGGCCGGUCUGGAUAAAUCAAGAGGACCUGUUUCAACACUUAUUGUGCAAAAUGGAACCCUUCGAAGGGGUGAUAUUAUAGUAUGUGGUGAAGCUUUUGGAAAGGUUCGUGCUUUAUUUGAUGAUAGGGGAGGCCGUGUUGAUGAAGUUGGACCGUCAAUGGCCGUUCAGGUUAUUGGCCUCAGUGAUGUUCCUAUAGCUGGUGAUGAAUUUGAGGUUGUUGAUUCCCUUGAUUUGGCACGGCAAAGGGCCGAGGCUUGUUCAGAAUCUCUGCGGGUGUCGCGGAUAUCUGCUAAAGCUGGGGAGACAAAGCUUACUCUAUCUUCCUUAGCUUCUGCUAUUUCACUGGGGAAGCAGUCUGGAGUCGAUCGGCAUCAGCUGAAUAUUGUCCUGAAGGUUGAUGUCCAGGGCUCAAUUGAAGCAAUCAGACAUGCCAUUCAAGUGCUUCCACAGGAUAAUGUCACUUUGAAAUUCCUUCUCCAAGCACCAGGAGAUGUAAGCACAAGUGAUAUCGAUCUUGCUGUUGCUGCUGAGGCUAUUAUAUUUGGCUUCAAUGUUAAAGCACCAGGGUCAGUUAAGAGCUAUGCUGACAAAAAGAACAUUGAGAUUCGAUUGUACAGAGUUAUCUAUGACCUCCUUGAGGAUAUGCGCAAUGCAAUGGAAGGUCUUCUUGAGCCUGUUGAGGAACAAAUGCCGAUUGGAAUAGCAGAAGUUAGAGCCAGUUUUAGCAGUGGAAGUGGUCGAGUGGCUGGAUGCAUGGUAACUGAAGGAAAGCUGGUGAAAGAGUGCGGUCUUCGAGUUGUUCGAAAGGGCAAGACAAUUCACACUGGAACAAUUGGUUCUCUAAGGCGAGUAAAGGAAGAAGUGAAGGAGGUUGGUGCUGGGCUAGAAUGUGGCGCUGGUGUGGAUGAUUUCUCAGAUUGGGAAGUCGGAGAUGUCAUCGAAGCCUUUGAAACAAUCAAGAAAAGGCGAACACUUGAAGAAGCAUCUGCUUCAGUUACAGCUGCAUUGGCCGGUGCUGGUCUCCAUCGCUGAGAAUGUAGAAGAAGACCACGAAAUGAUGCUGGCUCUGAAAUUCGGCUAUGAUCCAUGCCUGCGUUGCAGAACACCUCAGCUUAGGCUUCUGGUAUCCAUACAGUGCUAGUGCCUUCAAAUGCCAUUGAUAAUCAAGCCUGAGCUUGGCUUGAUAGUAUAAUUCAAAAUCAAUCUCAAAGUUUUUUUUGGCUCAUCUUACGUGUGUUCAUGUAAAUAGAAUAAUUCAGUCUGGGCUAUCAUCUUUCUUGUGUUUUAUUUGUGUAGCGCCAUUCAUUUAUCCCACACUGUAACAGAUACUCAUCUUACAAUUUCUUGACAGUAAUACUUCUCUACAAUAUAUGGUACUAAGCUAAUCCUGUCUUUGAUUAUCCUAAA